AACAAUAAUUAUUAACAUCUAUAAUGGGUUUUGAAAUUGUCGAUUUAGGAAUUGCUGCCAGUGUAUUCUUGGGUCUUUACCUUUGCUUCUUCGGACUUGCAGUUUAUGCCAUAACCCAAAAAGGGUUCAAAAGUGUUUACCUGUGGUUCUUUUUCUAUGGAAUUGUUCGAACUGGAGGCCAAGUUUCAGGAGUGGGUUUCGCCAUUGCUGGAGAGACCCACUAUCAAUGGUUGAUUGCUUAUAUGGUUAUGUCUGUUGAAGGGUAUUUUGCCUUGGUGAUGGCUUCCCUCUACAUCUUAUGCAUCGAGCAGAAGAGGGUAUGGGGAGUAUCUCCUUUAGAAACUCCCUUUAUUACUAUACGUGGUGCUAAGAGAUCCUAUAAGUCAUUGUUCCACCUUAUUUUGGUUCCAGGAAAUGCACUUUUGAUCGCCGGUGGGUGUAUGCUUACAGGAUUAACAGUCCAACAGUUGGCCAAUAACCAUUCUAAAAUCGUUACUUCCAGGGCUUUGAGAACCACCGGUCAAGCUAUCUUUUUGGUGCAGUCUCUCAGCGUAUCGGCAUUGAGUAUCCACAGCUAUUUCUUCAAGAACUUGAGAAGUGUCUCUAUGAAGAUGUUGUUAGUCAUCAUCCCAUUCAUCACCAUGAGAGGUGUGUACGGGUUGGUAUCCAUCUACAUUGAUAAAAUGGAUUACUUCCUCAUCUCCAACUACAUCAGCAUAGCCAACCACAAAGAUAUGACCAUUUAUGAGUAUACAUUGGGAACUAGUAUGGAGUUCAUCUCAGCCUUCGUUAUGGUGAACACUGUUUGGUUCAGCAAGGGCCCAAUAAACGAGGACACUGGAGGGCUCAGCGACGGAGAUUCCAAGGUCUGAGUGCCAGAGAUCCAAAGUUCUUGUUAUUCUUCAUAGCUAGUUAUAGUGAUAAUAGAAUUAUAUGAAUUAUACACGGUUUUGGUAUGAAAAGGAACACGGAAAAAACAUCGAAAGCUGGAUCUCAUU